AUGACCAGUCGAUUGAAGCGCAAGCUCGGAGAGUUGGGGAUCGACACCACAAGCCGACAAGCAAACGAGAACUUUUGCCUUGUGCGCUUUCCAAGUCCAAGUCCUGAUAUAGGAACUCCUUUGCCUCCCCUCGAGAAGUCCAAGGACACGGGCGAAUUCGUUCCUCUUUGGAAGCAAGAUGUCCGAGAUGAGAAAGGUCGAAGACGUCUGCAUGGUGCCUUUACAGGUGGAUUCUCAGCUGGUUAUUUCAACACAGUCGGAUCGAAGGAAGGAUGGGCACCGGCUACCUUUGUCUCUUCGCGAACGGAAAGAGCAAAAAAGAAGGCGGCUCGACCAGAAGAUUUCAUGGACGAAGAAGACUUGCAGGAUAUCAAAGACAGCCGAAACCUUGUUGAUACUACCGAGGAAAUGGACCUCUCUGGUGGAACGAAGAUGGAGGGUGUUGACGAUGAUGCUUUGCAAGCCUCCCUUUUACCUGCCCCAAAGGACUCAGCUGGUGCACGGAUAUUAAUGAGGAUGGGCUGGCGAUUGGGUCAAGGAAUUGGUCCCCGAGUCUCACUUCGUCAGCGAAAGUUGCAGGACAUGCAAGCAAUCAAAGCAACGAGAGGGUCCAGAGGCUCGACCGACAUUCUCGACAUUCCGGAUGAUGACGAGGAAGCCAACAAACACACUUACGCGCCCCGAGAUACGCCACUUAUUUUGGUUGAGCGCAAAGACAAUUCGCAUGGUAUUGGGUAUACGCCUGGGAUGGGAUUGAACGAGAGCUUAGGCGCCAGUGCAAACACAAGCAAGGGUCCUCAAUUAGCGUCCGGGUUUGGACUUGGGGCUUUGAAUGACGCCGACGAGGAUGAUUUAGACGUAUACGACGGGAUCAAUGCCACCCGAAAUCGUCACGCGUAUGAUCACAUCGAUGGCGAAGAUGGUAACACCGUUACUCUGGGAAAGAAGGCUGACAAGUCCAAAAGCAAUGAUAAUAGGUCAUCUUCCUCAGCCCAAACGUUUCGGGAUGGACGGCCUGUGUUACCAGGAUUUGCUCUUUUAAAUGAACCUGUUGUUGAGGAUAAAUGGUUCCCAUUACCUGAUAUUCCUCAAGGCUGGACUCCAAAUCCACAACGUGUCUGGAGUGCUGAUGCGAAUGUGAACAAGGAAAACGUGGAGCAACCUAAACUACCAUCUCAAAAUGGACCCCUCCCACACGAAAAAUGGAGGAGGUCCGGUAUCACUGCAGAUCAGGUAAAUCAUUUCCCUGACGCUCUCUCUCGCAGUAAUUACUUAUACGCGAAACAGCGAGGUUCUAUGCUUGGGGAAGCACAGUCAAAAGCUACUCGUUCCGUUUUCGAAUACUUGUCAGAGAAGGACCGAGAACGAUUGAAAAAUAUUGCGGCUACAGGGAAGGCACAACCUUCAGUAUCAGCCUCAACACCAGGUGCUUCUUCUUCCACGACUUCCACGACAAUAACGAUACCUCGCACCGAACCACAUGUUGCCCAAGCCGCCUUACGUGGCUUCCAACCAUUCACUUCUGACCCCACCAAACAAGCUCGCUAUACUGCAUACCUCCUUUCCCAAGUUCAGCAAGAUUCAUCUGCUCCGCAAAUGAAGCCCGCCUCGGGGCAGCCUAUUGACCAGUUCAACAAAGAACUCGAAGACUACGCCAAAGCCGCCCUGCUCUUCAAGCCCAUCUCUGGUGCAAUGGCAGGCCGAUUCACUAGUGCUGCCAUCAUAGAGCACGGACCAAAAGUUCAGGAAGGCUUGCAUACACCUUCACAAGAGGAGUUGGCGGAGAAGGAGCAGCAGGAAGCACAAAUGGCAAGGGAGGCGGAGGAGAAGAUAAGUCCGAAGGCGCAUGCAGCGAAGAUGGGAAUGUACGGGCCACUCACGAGGGAGGUCGUUUCGUGGCAGCCUGCCAGGUUGCUUUGCAAACGAUUCGGCGUGAAGGAUCCUAACCCUCCACCAGAUGUGGAGGCGACAGAACCUCCGAAGGCGGGUUCCAGUUCUUCAUCGGCUACGUUUGCACAAUCCUCCAACACACAGGCAUCUGGGUCCGCAAAAGAUGAAACUGUGCCCGCUCAGCAAGAUAGAGGUCCGCGGAAGUUGGAGAACAUUGGACUUGGGGAGGAUGAGACUCAGGGGCAGGAUACACUGACAUAUCAGCGGCCUGCAAUGGAUAUUUUCAAAGCCAUUUUUGCUAGCGAUAGCGAGGAUAGUGACGAUGAAGAUGAGGGGAGCGUCGCGUCCACGACGUUACCCGUGACAGACGACGGUCCGGUGGAUAUGAGCACGUUCAAGCCGACUUUCAUCCCGCGGGAGGGCAAAUCGGGGAAGGAGAGAGACGAGAGGUCAAAGGAGAAGAAGGAAAAGAAGAAGAAAGAGAAAAAAGGUGUCUUGGUAUCGUUCGAGAUGGAUGAGAGUGGACCUGCGAUCGUUCCGCAGAAACCGCCCAAAGACAAAGACCGACCAAAGAAAAAGAAGAGGAAGGAGAAGGAGAAAAGAGAGGAUGAAAAUGAGGAUGAAGGGAUGGGUCGAAAGAGAGCCAUAGACUUCAUGUAA